AUGUCUUCAUACAUCUUCUACUCCCCGGCCAUGGCCACAGCCAACAUCUUCGUCCCCCAAGUCACCACUCAUUCCGGCUCCCAAGUACCCCCGCCGCCCUCCCCAGUCGUCCUCCCGACCACCACCAUCAGCUACAUCGGCGACCCGGCACCUCCUCCCCCUCCGCCGACUAUCUACUUCGGCGCUCCCGUGCAGCAGCAGCAGACCCAUACCCAUACCCACACCCACACCCAUACUACCGCCCUGCCGUACGGCACGGCUGUGGCUGUUUACCCGCCGCCGCCGCCGCCGCCGUUUGUGCAGGUGCAGGCGAUGGGCGGGGUGCCGGUGAGGCUCGCGCCUUGA